UAAGCCUCUUCUGUCUCGUGUCGAGCACGUUGUUCUAGCCGCAUCCUGGUAGAAACCAACGGAGCAGGAAUUCUUCAGGAAGGAUGAGUCUUGGGAAAAUGUUGACGACGAACGCGAAGAUAAUUAAGAGUAAUGGGGCCGAGCCCGACCAGUUCGAGGUUAGCGUUUCUCAAGCCCUCCUCGAAUUGGAGAUGAACAGCGAUCUCAAAUCGCAGUUGAGGGAACUCUACAUCACGAAAGCGAAGGAAAUUGAAACGAAUAAUAAGAAGUCCAUUAUUAUAUACGUACCUAUGCCGAAGCUGAAAGCAUUCCAGAAAGUUCAGACACGGCUGGUACGUGAGUUAGAGAAAAAGUUCUCUGGGAAGCAUGUGAUGUUCAUCGGCGAGCGUAAAAUCUUGCCCAAGCCGACAAGGAAAACGCGAACCAAGAACAAGCAGAAACGUCCUAGAAGCCGUACGCUGACUUCGGUUUAUGAUGCGAUAUUGGAGGAUUUAGUAUAUCCCGUAGAAAUCGUUGGCAAGCGUAUUAGAGUCAAACUCGAUGGAUCACAGCUCAUUAAAGUUCAUCUCGAUAAAAACGAACAGACAAAUAUCGAGCAUAAGGUCGACACCUUCGCUUCAGUUUACAAGCAGCUGACUGGACGGGACGUCACGUUCGAAUUCCCCGAAUCUUAUAUAUGAUAAAUGUAAGAAAAAUAAAAGUAUUUUAAUCUA